AUGCAGGGCUGGGCGGACACGAGCUUGUUCGGAUCGUGUCAGAUACCGACUCCCAAUUUGGACGCGCUGGCUGCCCACGGAGUGCUGCUCAAUCACUAUUACACUCUUCAAGCGUGCACGCCUUCCCGGUCGUCCCUGCUGACCGGCCUCUAUGCUAUCAGGCUGGGCCUCCAACAUGACGUUAUGCUUCCUGCGGAACCGGGAGGCAUCAGCCUCAAAGACCCCACGAUCGCAGAAUGUUUGAAGAAGCUGGGCUACGGCACGCACGCCUUGGGAAAAUGGCACGUUGGAUAUUCAAGCGCCAAUAACACGUCCACAAACCGAGGGUUCGAUACACACUACGGGCAUUACAACAUGGCCAAGUACUACUUCAGCGAGAAGCUUAACUUCCCUAUGUUCAUGUACUUGAGCCCUCUGGCUGCGCACGGACAGUCAGUCAACCUGACGACAGAUGCGCCGGAGAAGAACCUUGCGAAGUUCCCAUACAUUGGUGACAGAAACAGGACACUGUUUGCGGGCACUGUGGAUGCUCUAGAUGAGUCUGUAGGCCGAGUUAUCGAGGCUCUCUACAAGAGAGGUAUGUUGUACAACAGCCUGCUGGUGUUCACCAGCGACAACGGCGCCAUUCCAUGGGGCACUUAUUCCAACACUGGUUCCAACUGGCCCCUGCGUGGGACCAAGGGAACUCUCUGGGAGGGCGCCGUUCGCGUGCCGGCCCUGGUGUGGAGCCCCCUGCUCAAACCAGGACCGCACGUGGUUCUGCCGCGGCUGAUGCACGUCGUCGAUUGGCUGCCCACGCUCUACUCGGCUGCCGGAGGCAGCGUAUCAGAUCUGGGGAGCAUCGAUGGCGUCGACUUGUGGCCGUCUCUCUUGUCGGCGAAAAGCAACAAGUUCGUGGAGUGGCCACGUCAAGAAUUUCUCGUCAACGUUGACCAAACAUCUGGCCUGGCAGCCUAUCGCGACGGCGACUUCAAGCUCGUCGUGGUCAGCAAUCCCGCGUCCAACACCUCGCGAUAUCCUUUCGAUGACCCCGGUCUACAGCGACACUUGCCCACACCCGGAGAGGCGCCUCCUCUCUGUAGGAGCUCAUACGCUGCGCGAGUCUAUCUCGACUCCCACAUGAAGUCAUCGCUGACCUGGCAAACCCUGGGAAAAUUACGUAGUCUUGGCGACGGCUUUGCUGCGCCUUGGGGAUGGCGAGAGCGAGCCGCGGUGAAAUGCAGCUACAGAAGCGUGGCUCCAACGUACGUCGGGCUUCAGAAUGGAGACUACCUGUUCGACCUGUCGCAGGACCCCUGCGAGUUUCAUAACCUGGCAUCGCGGAUGCCCUCGGUCCUUUCCAAACUCAAGGGCAAGCUCCAAGUAUACCGAGGAAUUGCACGUCCACCGAAGUACCACGUCAUAAAUGAGAGGGGUCUGCCCGAAGUCAACGACUGCAUCUGGGCAAGCUGGCAGGACCAGCAGCAGACUGCCUUCCAGGACUGCCCGUGUCUGUGA